AUGCAAUCUAAUCGCUGCCUGCUCAGUGCUUAUGUUUUUUAUAAUAUUCCGAGGAAAUGGAAUGUUCCGGAAUUAACUAGCAAAUCAUUUGCAACGCUUCCUCAUACCUUUCAAUGUCACCACUGGGCAGAUUUAGCAACACCAACUCUUUUAGAUAGUUAUUUACCUGAUCAUUUAUAUGGUGAUUGGUUCCAUAGUGUUGGUUUAUUAAUUGGUGCUGGUUUAUUAUCUUGGAUUGUUGGUAGAUUCAAUUUUUCAAUUGCUCCAGUCUUCUUUAUUACUCUUACUGCAUCUGUUUAUUAUAGAGCUUCUAUUAAAAAAUAUAGAGGUGUUGCUAGAGACGGUUUACAAAGAGAAUUUACUAUUAAACCUGUUGAAAAUGAUUAUGAAACUAUGGAUUGGUUAAAUACAUUUUUUUUAAAUGAAGGUAUUCCACCAUUUGUUUCAGCAAUUUGGAUUGAUCAAUUUACUGCAGGUAUUAAACCACCAAGAAUUGAUUUUGUUAAAACUUUAGAUAUCCCAAAAGAUGAUGUUGUUGUUAUGGAUUGGUCUUUUUCUUUUACUCCUCAUGCUACUGCAGAUUCAAGUGCUAAACAAUUGAAAAAUUAUGUUAAUCAAAGAGUUGUUGUUAAAGCUACACUUUUCGGUAUUACAAUUCCAGUUGUUGUGGAAAAUGUUGCAUUUAAAGCUUGGGCAAGAGUUAGAAUUAGAAUGACCACAAAAAUUCCACAAUUUGAAACUGUUAAUGUUCAAAUGAUGAAACAACCUCAAUUUGAUUUUAUUUCUAAACUUUAG